UUCAUUACGUCAAAUUUGCCACAUAAAAACGUAACUCUCACCCUCCUCGAAUUUUCUGAAAAUGUUUCCAACUCUGCCAGCUAUCCUUCUAACUCUCCUCGUAAACUCCAUCGACAAUCAAGGAUUCGACCCCAGCAAACGCGAUUAUUGCGACUACAAGUGCCACGAAGGCUUUCCUAACGAGGAAGUUCACAUCGCCUGCAAGUGCAGCAUCCUACCUGAGCGCGAGGAGAUCUUCGACGAACUCAUCCCCUUCCGAGAGAUGGCACUGACAUUGCACAACGAAAUCCGCAACCGGGUGGCCUCCGGCGAGGCCCUCGCGGACACCCCCCAGCUCAAAGAGGCGUCGGAUAUGAUGGCCUUGAGCUACGACAUGGAGUUGGAGUACUACGUCCGCUGCAACCUCGGCAAGUGGGGCACCAUCCCGGGGUACCACGACCACUGCGCCCACCCCAGCUACGCCCGCACCAACGGCCAGAGCAUCGUCAUGGACGAGGAGAGAGAAAUAGACCUGCCGACUAAUAAAGACAUGAUGAACAAAUGGUACAGCGCGGAGUACGAUAAGCUGAACGACAGCUUCACCGUUAGCAACUACACCCUGACUGGAGCGCAAUGGACGAAGUUCGGGCAUCUGGCGGCUAUGCUUUGGUCGAGGACCAACAGGGUGGGUUGCGCCAGGGGUUGGUACCCUAAGGACGUGUUGAAGUACAAUUUGGCUGUGAUGUGCGACUAUGCCUCGACUCUGCCGGUCGAGGAUGGUGCUCCGGUGAUAUGGAGGGAGAUCUACAAAGUGGGAAAGUCGUGCUCGGCGUGCCCUGACGGACACAGUUGCAACGCGAAGUACCCGCACUUGUGCGGGGAAAUUGGGCCCAUCCCGAAGGACGCCCCACCGCAUAUACCGCCACGAGGGAAAAACGGCGGCGUGAGUGGAAUAAUUGCCAAUGUGAAGAUUGUUUUCCUGCUGCUUGUUGGUUUGGUACUACAUUGUUCUAUUAGAAUAUAAUGUAGCUUAUUUUCAAAAAUGAAUAAAUCAUUCGUCUCUUCGUU